AUGCACGAACCAUCAAAUGCAAUUCAACUUAAAGUUGAUACAGAAGGCAAAAUAAAAUUUGAUACUAUUCUUUUGUACAAUAUUAAGGGCAACAAAAUUGUCUACUCAAAUUUUGUCGAUUUACUACCCAAAGAACUUCGUGAAGACGAUCCAAGUUUACAAAAACCGUCUGAAGACGAAUUAAAAGAGAAAACAGAAAAAACACGUCAAGCUCUCGAAGCUCUUGUAUCAUCUAAAGUAUCAGCUGCUAUGCCCGUUCAACAUGCAGAAAAACAAGCACCCGUUCAAUACAUUCGUUAUACACCUUCACAACAAGGACCUGCUUUUAAUUCUGGUGCUAAACAACGUAUUAUUCAAAUGGUUGAAGUUCAAAAAGAUCCUAUGGAACCACCUAGAUUUAAAAUUAAUAAGAAAAUUCCUCGUGGACCUCCAAGUCCUCCAGUUCCAAUUCUUCAUUCACCUACACGAAAAGUUACUAUAAAAGAACAACAAAGUUGGAGGAUUCCACCAUGUAUUUCCAACUGGAAAAAUGCUAAAGGUUAUACAAUUCCACUUGAUAAACGUUUAGCAGCCGAUGGUCGUGGUCUUCAAAGUACACAUAUCAAUGAAAAUUUCGCUAAACUUGCUGAAUCUGUAUACACAGCUGAUUUGAAGGCUCGUGAAGCAGUUGAUAUGCGUGCUAAAGUGGAAAAACAAAUAGCUAAGAAACAAAAAGAAGAAAAAGAAGAACGAUUACGUGAAUUAGCUCUCCAUGCUCGAACAGAUCGAGCAGGCAUUCGUCCUGCUGAUAAGAGUGAUGAUCAAAGUGCUGAACGUGAUCAAAUUCGAGAAGAAAGACAAAAAGAUCGACAACGUGCUGCUGCUCUUCAACGAGCUGGAGGUGAUAAACGAAAUCGUCCAAAAGAACGAGAUAUCAGUGAACAAAUUGCAUUGGGUGUACAAACUGCAAGUAGUACAGGUGUUCAAUAUGAUCAACGUCUAUUUAAUAUAUUCGAACAAGAACGGGGUUUCAAAGGAGCUGAUCGAGCAGCACCACGUGAGGGUCCUGUGCAAUUUCAACGUGACGAAGAUCCAUUUGGUUUAAGUGAUUUCUUAAAAGAUGUACGACAUGGUAGUGCUGGUAGUUCAGCUCCAUCAGCUAAUGGAUCUUCUAGUUCAUCGUCUAAACGUAGUAAUGCAGAUGAUCGAGAAGAGCGAACUAGUGAAAAACGUCGCAAGAAAUAA